AUGACGUCAACACCCAGCGCGACGUCACGCCCGCCCCCAUGCGCCGCCAAGCCGGGCCCCCCCCGCCCCGCCCUGCACUGGGAGCAGCAGCGGGCGGCCGACAUCGUGCGGCUCCUGGCCAUGUACCGCCCGCUGCUCGACGCCUGCGUCAUUGAUUUCUUCGCCGAGGGGCUGUGGGCGCAGCUCCCCCCGGCCUGGCAGUCGGCCCUGGCGGCGGCGCCCCCCCCGCAGCUGGCGGCCACCCUGCUGGGGACGGCGGCGGCCCCGCGCGCGGCCUGGCCCCUGUCCCUGCUCGCCUUCGCCGCCGCCGCCCGCGCCCUGGCCUUGCCCCGGGGGCGGCCCGGGGGGGCCCCGCGCCCGCCCUGCCACAGCCCCCGCCUGCACCCGCUGCUGCGCCGCCACGUCAAGCCCAAGAAGCAGCACGAGAUCCGGCGCCUGGGCAAGGUGCUGCAGCGGCUGAGCCAGGCCACGGGCUGCGACCGCGUGGUGGACGUGGGCGCUGGGCAGGGCCACCUCUCGCGCUUCCUGGCCUUCGGCCUCGGCCUCUCCGUCACCGCCGUGGAGGGCGACGGCCGCCUGGUGGGCCUGGCCGAGCGCUUCGACCGCGAGCUGCUGCGGGAGCUGGCCAAAAAACGGGCACGGGGCGACGGGGGGGGGCCGCUCCCACCCCCCCGGCACCCCGAAACCAGCCCCCGGCACCCCAACCCCCGCCCCCGGCGCCCCAGGAGCCACGCGCCCCUCUGUCCCCGCUGCCCGCGGCACGUGGCCGGCCGGCUGGACCCGCGGGCGCCCGGGGAGGAAUUUCUGCUGCCCCCCGCCCCGGGGCCGGGCCCCCCCGCCAGGAACCCGCUUCGGGGGGCGCCGGGGGGCGAGCGGGUGCUGCUGACGGGGCUGCACGCCUGCGGGGACCUCAGCGUGGCCCUGCUGCGCCACUUCGCCCGCAGCCCCCACGUGGCCGCCGUCACCUCGGCCGCCUGCUGCUACAUGAAGCUCUCCACGCGGCCCCAGCCCCAGGACCCCGCCCCGGGCUACCCGCUGAGCGCCUGGGUGGCCGCGCUGCCGGGCCACGAGCUGUCGUACCGCGCCCGCGAGGCCGCGUGCCACGCGCUCGAGGCGUUCGCGGGGCGGCUGCGCCGGGGCAGCGCCCGCCUGCGCGCCCACUGCUACCGCGCCGCGCUCGAGAGCCUGAUCCGGGCGGCCGACCCCAGCAAGAGGCGCCUCGGGGUGCAGGCGGGGAAGAAGGCCCACGAGCUCAGCUUCCCCGACUACGCCCGCCUGGGGCUGCCCCGCGUGGGGCUGGACCCGGCGCAGGUCCCGCUGGACUCGGGGGCGGUGGGCGCCAUGCUGGGCCGGCAGCGCGAGGUGCUGGCCUUCCUCAGCCUGGCGCUGCUGCUGGCCCCGCUGGUGGAGAGCCUCAUCCUGCUCGACCGCCUGCUCUACCUGCGGGAGCAAGGCUUCCAGUGCGCCCUGGUGCCCCUCUUCGACCCCCGGUUCUCCCCGCGCAACCUGGUGCUGGUGGCGGCGCGGGCGCCGCUGGACGGGGUGCUGGAGGGCCUGGAGGAGGGCAGCAGCGAGGAAGAGGAGGAGGAGGAG